AACAGCUGACUAUCGAUAUAAGCAGAUAUUACCAAACAUAAACAUAAGAAACGACGCGCAAUUUUUAUAAUCAGAGCGACGGUAUUUUGGGGCCUUAAAGAUGAGCCUUUCAAGCGGGGAUAAGACAAAUGGAACGGGACAGUUUCGCUUUCCCGAGAGCUGGAAUGAUAAUGCCAAGAUGAAGCUGCAGUUCGCCAUGUUCCGAUCAAGAGAUCUGGACACCGAGGACUACGACGCAAAAAUGAAAUUCUGGAUGGAUAUUAUUGUGAAGUAUCUGAAAUUCAGCGGAAGACCCAUCUUCAGUCUGCGCGAUCUGCAACUGCAGUUCAUGCGGGGUGACCAGCUGCCCGCCUGUUUGGAGACCGUAAUAUCCGAGAUGCACCACCGCAAACAGAUUCGAUUCCGCAGUGAAUUUGAGCAUGAUCCGGCGAAUUCAUGGAGCAGCUGGCUGGUCAACAGCCUGGUAAAACGUCCCCUCUCAUGGGGCUGGUCCAAGAUUAAGUACAGCGUGGUUUCGGAGGACUUGGAGGCAACCGCUUUAAUUGAAAGGAUUCAUCUAGAUGUCUUAAACAGUACUUGUGACCUUAUAGCAGAGAAAGUUCUAUCGGAAAACAGCGGGAAACUCCUUCAUUUCGAUGCGUUUAAAUCGCUUUGCAAAGCUCAAGAAGUCCGAAUUUAUUCAGAAAGAGAUUUAUGUGUUUGCUUGUUAGCCUUAAAUGUUCGACAAAUCGUCGGUCUAGAAUUUAAGAUUGAAAAAAGGUUUCGGCAAAUCCAUUUGGUAAAAAUCCCAAAAAAAGAGGGCGAUGAUCUCAAUAUAAGCCAAGAAGAUCAUGCUGUCCACAAUCUUCAGAAUACUCAAGCUCAGUUACUAAAGCAACUAGAAGACCUGGAGGAAGAUAUUAAGGUGAACGACAACAAAGCUCGACAAUUAUUGAAGGAGAACAAGCGCCAAAUGGCCAAAACAUAUCUACGAAAAAGGCAUCUCUUGGAGAAAAACCAUGAACGUCGAAGUCUUGCCCUGCACAACAUCGAAUCCCUUUUGUCCAGCGUGGAUGAGGCUCAAAAUAGUGGCGUUGUUCUAGACGCUUACAAAAUAGGCUCAAAUACCUUGAAGAAGGUUCUCUCGGAAUCUGGCUUGAAGUACGACAACGUUGACGAAGUCCUGGCCGACGUACGGGACACUCUCGAUCAGCAUCGGGAAGUACAGGACGUCAUGUCCAAUAGCGUUUCGGACAGCAUUAGCCAGGAAGACGAUCUGCUAGAACAGGAAUUGCGUGAUCUGUGUGGCGAAUCAACGCCAGCUACCUUCAGUCCGUUCAAUAAUAACAACCAAAAGACGGAGGUCGUUAUAACGGAUGAGGAGAUGAUUGCCAUGUUACAAGAUCUCGAGGUUGAAGAUGGUUCUGUGUCUCAAUUGAGUAUGAGAACUGCUAAACCUGCCCAAGUGCUUUAAAAUGCGUUUUGAGUUUUGUUUUUUAUCCGGCAUGUGAACUGUUUUUUCCACUUAGCUAUACAUUUAAUGAUGUGUAAAUGUUCAAUCAAAUAUGUCUUAAUUAAAACAAGGUUAUACAUGA